AGCCCCUGGUGCUGGCUCUGGAUUGUGACUGUAUCCUCAUGCUUCAUGCAAUGCAUGUCAUAACCUGUGCACAGAGCCCAGGACAUGCACUGCAUGCAGCAUCCACGUGGGGCUAGCCCGGAAGCCCCCAUCCCCACAUGCCAGGUCCAGUGGGACUGCAUUGCAGGCAGCACCCAUUCCAGCUAGUCUGAGGCAAGCACCACAUGCAGCAAGAGCCCCAGAGUGCAGCCAGAGAUGACACUAGAUCUAGCACGUGAGGAACAGGGUUUCGUGGGUCCCCGACUCUAGCUGGUCCAGGACUGUCAUACACGGUGUCUGCUCCAGCCAGUAUGAGACUUAACACUGCAUGUAGUGCCCAGCCUGGACUGGUCAGAGUGGGUGCCACAUGUGACAGUCCUGGAUUGGCUGGAGCAUGCUAGAUCCAGCAUGCAUGGGGGGACAUGGCCUGGUUCCAUGCCACUCACCUAGCCCAUGGGGCCAGAUGAAUCUGACAUCCCAAGCUAAACAACAGUGUUGGCACAGGAGCAAAUACAUUAGGUUGGAAAUUGGAAAGUGGCUUCUAACAAACAGAGCAGGAUUACUGUAUUCCAAUAGGAGUAAUAAGGAGAAGAAGUUCAAGUGGUUUGAUAAAGCUCUUGUUUAAAUGCAAGAAUGUGUGAUACAUUUGCCUGAGACAACAGAGGACUGGACUUCAUAACCUGGAAGACCCUAUCCAGUCCUCUGGGGUCUCUUGUAGUUCAUGGUAGUGCCCUGCCAACUGAACCAGCCUUCCACUAAGGACUGUAAGUAGAGCUGGUCUGUUUGACAAGUUUACAGAUGGGAGAGGGUGCAGGGGGGUGAUCGAAAUUCAUAACAAAUUAUGAAUGCUUUCCCUGUUUGUCAACUAGUUUUGGUAAGACUAUAGUUCACUGCUGUUUAGUUGUUUUCCUCCCUCCCUCCAAUCAGCAUACCUCCCUCAUUUCCAGUGUCUGCCAACUAAACACUCCCCGUAGAGACUAGCAGUUAAGAAGCCUUCCCAGAGACUGCAGUGCUUAACAGAUGCUAGGAAGUGCAAGAGAACAGUAUAAACCAUAUCGCUGGUAAGCUUCCUCGUGUGCGGACAGCACCACGCAACAACGCCAGCCUGAGAGGAGAGUGCGCUAGGCCAGCAUGCUGCACCGCCCGCCCAGACAGCCAGCAGAGACCGCUGUCUCCAGACUCCCCCCGGCACAGCUCCGGUGACACCCAUCAGGGAUGACUCGUUCCCGCGGCUAACCGAACAGAAGGAACACAGUGCAUCUCUCAGGGAUGCUGACAAAGGAUGACUGAACGUCUCCCCCCAGUCACUGCCUUCAGUAUUACAGACCAGGUCACACUAGGGCUCUUCAUCUUCCCAAGUUCAGGUUCGAAAAGCCAGAGCUCACUGCAGAGGCAGGGCCAGGAUCGUCCAGGAGAAACUGCACCUGCUGUGUGCGUCCGGCCAGCCCCGCUAGGCUGCGCGCACAUCGCAGCGCCUGAACCGCUCGGAUCCAAGCGUCUCAGUGAGGAGCCGCGUGUCCUUUGAGCAGCGCCUCUGCACCUUAGGCUCGGGCAUCUCUCGUCAGACGGACGCUGCCCCCGGGACAAUGCCACCUCUUAGUGCCCCGGGGGUUUGUGACUAUGGAAAAAGAGCAGAGCCAUUGUUUUUUGUGGCAAAGACCCCGGGGAGCGCGGCAGCCGCGGCGCUGGUGGCCCUGCGGAUUCCUGUUUGCAAUCUCGGGGUUUCUCUUGCGAAUCCUGCGCGGCGCGGCGCCCCACCCCGGGCUGCCGCAGCGGCCGGCCUGGCAAGCACAGCCUUACCGGCACCUCUUCACAACGAGAAACUCGAGGCUUGCAGCCGAGGGGCUUCCCGCCAGGCCUGCACCUGGCCCUUUAAAUCUCCGGGGGGAGAGGGGGAGGCUUGGAACGCCCCUAGACGCAGUCUCCGUGGAGACCAGCAACAUUCCGCUUCCCGGGGAGCCCCGUUAAAGGCGCCGCCGCCCGGGGUGCGCGGAGCCGGGCUCCAUGGAGGCGGCGGGGCGCGGAGCCGAGCAGGGAGCAGCCCCAGGGCCGCGCGGAGCAGCCAGCUCAUCUGAACACAAGAAUUCAGGAAGGAGGGAAACAGCUGGCAGUACAGAGGUGGAAUCAGAGAGCAGCUUCCGGGAAGGGGCCACAGAACAGGCACCUCCAGCCUCAGGUACUGAAGAUCAUCGCAUACUGCCAGGAGGAAUUACAAAAGAAAGUUCUUCCUUGUCAUUAAAUACAUUAAGCAGUUCUCCUCAAGAUAUGAGCUCAAGGGAAAAAUCAGAUAAUGGCAAAGAGGUAGGAUCUGAGACCAAUCUUCAGGAGAGGGCUACAGCACAAACAGCUUCAGACACAGGUCCCAAAGGGAUUCUUGGAAUAUUAGGAGGAAUUAGAAAGGAAACUUCUUUCCUCUCAUUACACAAAUUAAGCAGUGAAAGAAAAAUGUCUGCUUACGUUGAUGCCUCUGCUCGUAAGAAGCCUUCAGGAAUUUCAGUGUCAAUACAGACAGAAACUAGCUGGCUUUAUGAACAUGUCUACAGAAAACCAAGCCAGAGGAAGAUGAAAGAAUUCGAGAAGACUAGUGCUCAUGUUGACUCUGCUUCUAAAACUGAUAUGCUGGUAGCCCUGUCACAAGAACUUGCCAGCAUAGGUAUCUUAUGUGACACAGAGUUUAAUGAAGACUUUGUAAAGCUGUUUGAGGAAUCUCUGUGGACACUCCCCUGCAUUGGGCUACCAGCUCUUCUAGCAUAUAAGCCAGAAUCAUCAAGAGAAAACAUGCAGAUAGAGAUAGAAGAAGAAUGUGUUCCAGUAUGUGAGUACUGUGGCAGCCCACUGAAGGUAUUCCCUUCCUAUGAAUAUACUGACCCCACCUCAGAAGAUUACCAAAUGAACUUUUGUUGUGAGAACAGCCGAGAUCUCUACAAGUACAUUGUUAAUGAAAGCCAGCUUUAUGAAAAGUCUAAGAAUGAGUCAAUCUCCAUUGACCCUCAUGAAGCACAUGGUAGUGAAACUGAAAGGCAGCGAGCACGGGAGAAAGCAUAUUUAAGGCAACAGGAGAGACAAAUAGUAAAACAGUUGGCCUAUGUGACAGCAGAGCAGACCAGUUUCAUUGAAUAUUCGAAACAACUUAACACCAUUUCCUACCAGCUUUCCCGAGAGCCACCCUGGUCAGGAACUUAUACUCUGCCAUCUGAUGAGACAGUUAAAAAAGAAGAGGGAAAGGAUAUUAACUACAGUAUUACAUGCUGUGACUUUACCAUAGUGGGUGGAAAGUUAGCGAAGAACCAGUUCCUGGAAAAGUAUUACAGGCAUGGAGGAAAAUUUCUUACCUUAUUUCCAGACGGGACAUCCCAAGUAUUCUAUCCAUCUGGAAAUCUGGCGGUGAUCGUUGUGAACAAGAAAGGAGGUUUGAUUUGCAUAGUACAAGAAGACAAGCCAACUAAUGCAGCAAUCCAAGCAGUGUUUGAGUCCAGUGGUAAAAGCACUUGCUAUCAUCCCAAUGGGAUUAUAUGGAUAAACAUUAACAUUCAGGAAGGACAUUACUUAGAUCAAGCUGGCAACCGAGUGAGGGUGUGGACCUGGCCAAGCCAUUUGAAACCUUCUGGAUCUCGUAUUCCAUUUAAACCCAUUUUUAUAUCCCUGAACCAGUAUCUUGGUGUCAGGAUAUAUGGACAAGACAAGAUUAUGAUUUCUUUUCUGGCCAUGGGGCAACAAGCAAAAUUCAUCGUGGGAACAAAAGUGCAGGUGAGGCAGAGAAGUCAACUUCCAUCACCAAAAUUUCCCUGUGAAGAAGAACUACUGCUGUUUGCCUGCAAAAUAAAGAUUCAGCAUCUGUUUGACAGACUUCAGAGAUGUUUAAACUUCCCUUCUAAUGAGCAAUGCGACAAAAUCAAGCCGCCUUCAUACCUUGCAACCCAGGCUUUAAAAUUAAUGUACCUGUGUAAGAAUUCUGGCAUAAGUGAGGACCUAGACAGUUCAGUACGAGCUAUAAUAAACACACCUGUCUGACCUGCAGAAUGUAUGCUGCUCAGUGACCAUUCAUUUCACUAUUCUGAAGAAUACUGUAGAUCUAUGAAAAUUAGCCUAAAGAACUUUUAUACAGUAGGCUCAACUUUUAAGGCCAACUCUUUUACCUUCUGUUUAACUACCUAGGCAAUUGUCCCCCAUGCACCAGGUACAGUUCUUUCUAUCAUUAAUAUUCCAUUAAUUUAAGUGAGAUAGUUUGUGGUAGUAAUCAUCACAUCACAUCACAUCCUAUAUUAAAUAUAAGGGAUCCAGUUCUUCCUUAAAAAUUGGGUUUAGACAGUGUUUUAUGUUAAUUGCAUUAAAGACUUAGAGAUAAUGACUUGAGCUCAUUUUUAAAUGCUUUUUUUUUUAUUUUUGUAAAAAUCCUUUAUCAUUUUCUUGCUCAGAAAUGUAACAUUCCAGACAGUACAACAUGCAUUUCAGUAGGAAUUAAAUAACUACUUGAAUAAUUUGUAUAGGCAGCCCAGUUUAUGGUUAGGAUCUUGUUUUGUCAACACAAAUACAGAUGGAAGGUAACAAACUUUCCCAGCAGGGUUCAUUGUACAGAGCGAGUAAGUGCUGUAGUGAGUAAUAAUUAUAGUCACACUGAAAUAAAGAGCUGGGAGACAGA